CUAUGGUGAGACCAAAGUGCCAAAAUCCGUAAGCCGAAAAAUUGACAUAGCAAUCGCAUAUACACCAAAGAAUGACCCCGAAAUAAUAUUGUAUAAACUUAUUUGUGAAGCCAAAAGACCUAGUGGACCAACGAAUGGUGAUGACUAUGAUAAACUAACACGGUCUUUAAAUGAUGCAUAUAAUA